AAAAUGGCAACUGAUCAAAAAUGUCAGCCGCCAUUUUGAGGAACUUCAAGGGACCUUUUGUUAAUAGCAUCAAAACAACACUGACUCACCUGUCAUCCUAGAUAUGAAACAUGAUGGUGUCACACUUAGUUCAUACUGAAACGCUGAUUUGGCCUUAUUUUUGUCAAUUAUUGGCGUGGUUGGCGUCUCAACAUCACUUGAAAACUACCACGAGGUAUUGCAAAUGGAAGGUAUCCAUGGCCAGAAGGGCAACUCUCAUGAGGAGUAAUUGUCACAGAGGGACGCACCCAACCCCUAUUGUUCUCUUAUAGACUAAUAAUGCGUCACAUCUUUUCAGCACAGACGUAAAAGUGGACAAUGCCACUAUUUAUAAAGGCUGGGAAUCCAGGCCAAACACAAACAAAACAAUCCUACUUGUUGGUACGCAACACAUCACCCGAGUCUGCUAAUCCGUGUCAGUUCAUAGAAGAUUGUCUCGCCUGUGGGAAUGAUGACCUUUUAGGUUACAUUGGCUCAGUUCCACCGACCAUUGAGUGUGGUACCAGGUCCAGGUCGAUGGUCAAGCUUGAGAACCUCACCAGAUUCCUAGUGGUUAUAAUGAGUAACAAUAUAAAUCAUUGUCUAUUUUUUUUUUUUGUUUCUACAACUUCAAACCAUUCACACAUAAUAAACAUGCAUACAUUUUUGACAUGAAGAAUUUCUUCAUGUUUCAGUUUAUAUUCGCUAUCUUGGAAACGAUUGUAAAUGUUUGUAAAUUACUUCUAUUUGUCAUUGUUUAUAAUAAUAAUGCAUUAUAAUCGGUAAAUAAACUCCAGAAUUUAUUUCACGAGUGUGUAUCAAACUGACUCGCCUUUUUGGUUGCUCAGUAGUUUCAAAAUAAAUAGUGCUUGAUCAACAAAUACAUUCAAAUACAGUUUUAAAGCUUAUUAUUCUGAAGCUUAUUAGUUGUUUUCUCAUCACAUUUCAAUUUGAAUCACUGAUAUCAACAUAUAUUCAGCGAUGUAUGAAUAUUUUGAGGAAGCAACAUGCAGAAAUUAUAAAAAGUUGUGAAGUGAACAUGACGGUAGAAUACAGAUGUAAAGCACCUGCUUCUGACCGUGAACGCGUCACAUACGUGGAAAAAUACGUCAUAACGUCAUUGGACCCGUCGCCCACCAAAUCCCGCCCACAUCUCCUUUCCCUCGCUUCACUGCCCCAAAUCUCUGCGGUCACAACAGACCCGCUCGCAACUCCCUCUGGACAAAUGUCAACGGAAUGAAAAAAAGUGCAACACGCGUUUUCAACGCGCUGAGACGUCGGUAACAUGUUGCGAGAGAGUUGUAGUUCAGUCGGUGGUGACGUUGCUGCGGUCCCCUCACUGUUGCCAGCAGCUAGAGAGUCACCUGAACGCAUCACAAAGAUGGGGAAAUGUCAAUUGUCGAUGGACCCUGUUCAGGAGUGGGGGGAAGAGGAGGAAGAUGGAGCCGUGUUUGGCGUCACUCUGCGUCGGGAACCAGCCCUGAAAAGCCCAGACACGACUGACCACACUAUGACGACAGGCUUCGUCCAGUACCACACGGUGAAGUUGCGCAGGAUGAAAGCUGGAACACUGGAACGCCUCAUCACCCACCUGCUGAACCAUGAGCAUCGGGAGCCCGACUACAUACCAGUGUUCCUCUCCACGUACAGAGCCUUCACUACUGCCAGCACCCUGAUAGAGCUGUUGUUUCAGAGAGACGACACCAUGACAAAUCUGGACAACACUGUCUCCACUCACAGUGUCCUGCCACCGGUCAUCAAACUGUGGCUGGAGGAGUACAGCGCCGACUUCCACGAGCCCCCGCAGUACCAGGCCCUGCGCCUGCUGUGUGCGCACUUGCGCCUCCGUCUCCACUUCAGAUGUUUGGCACAGAUGGCCGAGAGUCUGCUCAAGCGCCUCCAAGAGCAAGAUUGCUGUAAACCAACGACAGUUUCGUCUUGUCCCGAGGAGGAGAGAGUUCACCAAUUGAUGGACUUCCCUGAACGACUGGUGGCAGAGCAGUUGACCCGUCUGGACGUUGAAUUGUUUGUGAGAAUGGUACCGUCUCACUGCCUGGGCUGCAUUUGGUCUCAGCGGGACAAGAAGGAAAAGGCGAACCUCGCCCCCACUGUCCGUGCCACCAUUUCCCAGUUCAACUCCGUCACUAGCUGUGUCAUCAGCUCGCUGCUUUGCCCUCUUGGCUCUCCGACUCCCAACUCAUCACCCACUUCCAGCACCAAUUUCUGGUUCCCUUCUUCCGCACCAAGUUCCCCUCGCUCUUUACCCACUAGCCCUGCCCACCGCGCACGCCUUAUUGAACGCUGGAUUGGGAUCGCACAGGAAUGCAGACUACUGAAAAACUUCUCUUCCUUGAGAGCCAUCCUCUCUGCGCUCCAGUCCAACGCAGUCUUUCGCCUCAAGAAGACGUGGGCCGCGGUCAACAUGGAGAGCAUGACUGCAUUUAACCACCUAUGCGAGACCUUUCCUGACGUGAACUGUGUCCUCACGAGCAAAGAGAUCCUGAUGGAGAAUGAGAGUCAGACAGAAGGCAGCCUCUCGUCCUCAGGCUCCAAGUCACCAGAUUUUUGCGCCAAACAGAGUUAUAGUGGUGGUGCUGUUCCUUACCUGGGCACGUACCUGACCGUCCUCACCAUGCUGGACACGGCUCUCACUGACACUCUGGAGGGUGGCCUCAUCAACUUUGAGAAGCGUAGAAAGGAGUUUGAGAUUCUCUCUCACAUCCGGCUGCUUCAGGCCUCAUGUUUCCAUUACAACAUUCCUGUCAAUAAUAAAGUCACCAAAUGGCUUCAAGGUCACCCGCCGCUGUCGGACCAGCAGAGCGACAAGCUGUCACGCAACCUGGAGCCUCCGGUCGACCUUUGCCCCUGGUCUCCCAACUCCUGGAGCUCUCGUCUGCACGCGAAGAAGAUGUCGUCAUUACAAAAGAUGACUCACUUGGACCAGAUCAGCUUGUCCUCUGGCUCCAGCAGCUCAGACAUGGAAGACGCUUCCAGUCCCUCACCCCUCAAGCUCAACCAGAAGUGUCUGUCGGGCUCGCUCCACAAUGUGUCCGAAGACUACCCGUCCAUGUGCUCCUCCUCCAGACUCUCCAGCUCCUCAUGCAGCUCCUCUAACCCUGACCUCAGCUCCACAUCCCUCUCGCUCCCUCCAGAGUCUCCUCCUCCUUAUUCCUCCGCCUGCAGCUCCCCUCAGGUGCCGCUGCCCGUCUACAACAAACAGAUCGCUGACUCUUGUAUUAUCAGAGUCAGCGUGGAGUGUGUCAGUAACGGAAACGUCUACAAAAGCAUUCUGCUGACCAGCCAGGACCACACUCCUCAGGUGGUCCGUCGAGCUCUGGACAAACACUACCUGGAGGACGUCAGCUGCCGCAACUACAAGCUCUGUCAGAUACUAACCAACGGAAAAGAGUUGCUGAUCCCUGAAAACGCCAACGUGUUCUACGGCAUGUGCACCAGAGCCAACUACGACUUUGUCCUGCGGCCACAGCAGGGGACGGCAGGAAGACACCUGGACAGUUCAGGGGUGCAGUCCAGGUGCCGCCAGUUCUGCUGAGUGCCAUCCACAAGUCGUGUUCCCUGUAGAGGAGCCACUCGUCUGAAGCCAUAAGAGGGCGCUCCGUGAAAUGGAGAUGAAGCUGCUAGUGCUAGUCAUAGUGAGACUUGUGACCUGAACACUGAUAGAAGUCAGGAUCUGAGCAGCUGCCAACAGGGCCGGUUGUCUAUCUCAGAGCACACACUUGACUUUUUUUUUUCUUUUUUUGGACUGCACAACAACCGGAACACAGAAAACUGGAGCUCCAACGGAGAAGAACCUAACGUGACAUAAAUGUCUGACCUUGAUGGCGUUCUAAUUAUUUCAACUUUAUUUGUCAAAGAUUAUAAAUAUGUAACUAAGUAAGUUAUUUAAAUUCACAUCAGUAUUCUGCUUUCCCGGCAGUGAUUGCCUAGUUAAUGUGCCUAUCAGAUUUGUAUGUGUGAUCGAUCGAGCGCUGCUGACUAACACUUAGUUAAAUGAAGGAAGUUUUUGAUUCAGGUUUUACUGUGACUUUUACUGUCGCGUGGUUCAAAUGAAGGACGCGUUUGUGUGAAGAUCCCAACAUGUGAAGCACUGAUGUGAAAUCCUCCUGAAAGCUCAACCAACCUGGGAUUUGGCAUCAGUGUGUCGCUGUGGUCUGGCAGCUGUUCGUCAACAUCUGUCUUGGUUAGUUUUGCCUUUUUGCUUCUUUGCACUGUGAGAGAAACAUGUUGCUUCUCUUCCUCUCCUGAAUGAAGUUUUAGUCAAGCACUAUUUAUGACUGUCGAUAAGUGAAAUAAAUAC